GGCCCGUGGAGCCGCCAGCUUUGCAGGACUUCGGUUCGGGAACGUGCUGGCCGCGAUGCGCCGGAGCGGGGCUGCGUGGACGCGGGCGCUGCUCCUGCAGCUGCUGCUGGCGGGGCCCGGGGGCUGCCUGAGCCGCCAGGAGCUCUUCCCGUUCGGCCCGGGACACGGGGACCGGGAGCUGGAGGCGGGGGACGACCGCGUCUCCCCAGCCUUGGAGCUGAGGCGGCCGCUCCGCUUCUUCGACAAAUCCGGCAUCGACUCGGUCUACGUCACCACAAAUGGCAUCAUUGCCAUGAGUGAACCCCCAGCCAAAGAGUCCUCUCUGGGCUUCUUCCCACCAACCUUCGGAGCGGUCGCACCUUUCCUGGCAGACUUGGACACGACAGAUGGCCUCGGGAAGGUUUAUUAUCGGGAGGACUUAUCCCCGUCCAUCACUCAGCUGGCUGCAGAGUGUGUCCAGAGGGGGUUCCCAGAAGUCCCUUUCCAGUCCAGUAGCGCGGUGGUUGUCACUUGGGAAUCUGUGGCUCCCUACCAGGGACCCAGCAAGGACCCCGACCAGGAAGGCAAGAGAAAUACAUUCCAGGCUGUUCUGGCCUCCUCUGACUCCAGCUCCUAUGCCAUUUUCCUCUAUCCUGAAGACGGUCUGCAGUUCUAUACAACAUUCUCGAAGAAGGACGAGAGCCAAGUUCCCGCUGUGGUUGCAUUCAGUCAAGGUGUACAGGGAUUAUUCUGGAAGAGCGAAGGAGCUUAUAACAUAUUUGCUAAUGACAGAGAAUCAAUUGGAAAUUUGGCCAAGAGCAGCAACUCGGGGCAGCAGGGUGUCUGGGUGUUUGAGAUCGGGAGCCCCGCCACAGCCAGCGGCGUGGUGCCGUCUGAUGUGGGCCUCGGACUGGACGACGGAGCGGAGUACGAUGACGAGGACUACGAGCCGGUGACACAGCUGGACCUGGAGGACCCGAGCACGACACCUUUCCCCCACGAGGCCCGGGGGAGGGGAGACCCAGACACGCACAGUGCGCCCCGUGUCCUCGCCCCCCGCCGCCUGCCCACCGAGAGAGGCCCCAGGCCUCCCACGGAGAGGACCAGGUCGUUCCAGCCGCCCGCGGAGACAUUUCCCCGGCAGCCCGUGCAGGUCAUAGACGUGGAUGAAGUCGAGGAGACGGGAGUGGUGUUCAGCUACAACACGGACUCCCGCCAGACGUGCGCCAACAACAGACACCAGUGCUCUGUGCACGCCGAGUGCAGGGACUUCGCCACCGGCUUCUGCUGCAGCUGUGUGGCCGGCUACACCGGCAACGGCCGGCAGUGUGUUGCAGAAGGCUCCCCCCAGCGAGUUAAUGGCAAGGUGAAAGGAAGGAUCUUUGUGGGGAACAGCCCGGUCCCCAUCGUCUUUGAGAACACCGACCUCCACUCUUACGUGGUGAUGAACCAUGGGCGCUCCUACACGGCCAUCAGCACCAUUCCCGAGACCGUUGGCUACUCUCUGCUUCCCCUGGCCCCUGUUGGAGGCAUCAUUGGAUGGAUGUUUGCGGUGGAACAGGAUGGAUUCAAGAAUGGGUUCAGCAUCACAGGAGGCGAGUUCACCCGCCAGGCUGAGGUGACCUUCGUGGGGUCCCCGGGCAAGCUGAUCAUCAAGCAGCAGUUCAGCGGCAUUGACGAGCACGGACACCUGACCAUCGACACGGAGCUGGAGGGCCACGUGCCCCACAUCCCGUUCGGCUCCUCCGUGCACAUCGAGCCCUACACGGAGCUCUACCACUACUCCCGUGGGGUGAUCACGUCGUCCUCAUCCCGGGAGUACACCGUGAUGGGCCCAGAGCAGGACGGCGCCGCCCCCUCCGACAUCCACGCUUACCAGUGGCGCCAGACCAUCACCUUCCAGGAGUGCGCCCACGACCCCUCCCGGCCGGGCCUGCCCAGCACCCAGCAGCUGUCCGUGGACAGCGUGUUUGUCCUGUACAACCGUGAGGAGAAGAUCUUGCGCUACGCGCUGAGCAACUCCAUCGGUCCCGUGAGGGAUGGCUCCCCGGAUGCCCUGCAGAACCCUUGCUACAUCGGCACUCACGGGUGUGACACCAACGCCGCCUGUCGCCCUGGCCCUGGGGUUCAGUUCACCUGCGAGUGUUCCAUAGGCUUCCGAGGGGAUGGAAGGAUCUGCUCUGAUAUUGAUGAAUGUUCAGAACAGCCCUCGGUGUGUGGGAGCCACGCCAUCUGCAAUAAUCAGCCUGGAACCUUCCGCUGCGAGUGUGUGGACGGCUAUCGGUUCUCAGAGGCGGGAGCCUGUGUGGCUGUUGUGGACCGGCGCCCUAUCAACUACUGCGAGACUGGCCUCCACGACUGCGACAUACCCCAGCGGGCUCAGUGUGUCUACAUGGGAGGGUCCUCCUACACCUGUUCCUGUCUGCCGGGCUUCUCUGGGGACGGCCGAGCCUGCCAAGAUGUGGAUGAGUGUCAGUCAACCCGAUGUCACCCCGACGCCUUCUGCUACAACACUCCAGGCUCCUUCAAGUGCCAAUGCAAACCUGGUUAUCAUGGAGAUGGCUUCCAUUGUGUGCCCGGAGAAAUGGAGAAAACCCGAUGCCAGCUGGAGAGAGAACACAUCCUCAGGGCAGCGGGGGUGAUGGUCCCACAGCGGCCCGGCCUGUUUGUUCCUGAGUGUGACGAGCACGGGCACUACGUGCCUACCCAGUGCCACGGCAGCACGGGCCAGUGCUGGUGCGUGGAUCGUGAUGGCCGGGAGCUGGAGGGCACCAGGACCAGGCCCGGGAUGAGGCCCCCAUGUUUGAGUACAGUGGCUCCCCCGAUUCACCAAGGACCCUCCGUUCCUACGGCUGUGAUCCCCCUGCCGCCUGGGACCCACUUACUCUUCGCUCAGACGGGGAAGAUCGAGCGCCUCCCCCUGGAAGGAAGCAGCUUGCAGAAGACGGAAGCCAGGACGCUGCUGCAUGCCCCAGAUAAAGUCAUCAUUGGACUGGCCUUCGACUGUGUGGACAAGAUGGUUUACUGGACCGACAUCAGUGAGCCUUCCAUUGGGAGAGCCAGUCUGCAUGGUGGAGAGCCAACCACCAUCAUUCGACAAGAUCUUGGAAGUCCAGAAGGCAUCGCCCUUGACCAUCUUGGCCGCAACAUUUUCUGGACAGAUUCUCACUUGGACAGAAUAGAAGUUGCAAAGCUGGAUGGCACCCAGCGCCGGGUGCUCUUUGACACCGACCUGGUGAAUCCCAGAGGCAUCGUGACCGACUCCGUGCAGGGGAAUCUGUACUGGACGGACUGGAACAGAGAUAGCCCCAAAAUUGAAACUUCAUACAUGGACGGCACGAACCGGAGGGUUCUUGUGCAGGAGGACCUGGGCUUGCCUAACGGGCUGGCGUUCGAUGCCUACUCGUCUCAGCUCUGCUGGGUGGACGCAGGCACCAGUCGGAUGGAGUGUCUGAAGCCCGGCCAGUCGGGACGACGCAAGGUUCUCGAAGGGCUCCAGUACCCUUUUGCGGUCACCAGCUAUGGGAAGCAUCUGUAUUACACAGACUGGAAGACGAAUUCCGUGGUCACCGUAGAUCUUGCAAUUUCCAAAGAGGCCGAUACCUUCCAGCCCCUCAAGCAGACCCGGCUCUAUGGAGUCACCAUGGCCCUGUCUCAGUGUCCUCAAGGUCACAACUACUGCUCAGUGAACAAUGGUGGCUGCACCCACCUCUGCUUGGCCACCCCCGGAAGCAGGACCUGCCGUUGCCCCGACAACACGCUGGGGGUUGACUGUAUUGAGCGGAAAUGAAGACAAAAGUGUCUUAUUCCCUCUGGACAUAUUCAACACCCUGCUUGAAAGGGUCCAGACUGAAAACUCUCUGACCCGGUGGCCACCACGCCCAGAUCCUACCCAGCCUGAGCCCCAACAGUGUUCCCUUCACUGUCCCCCAAAACAUAUGCCCUGGGCUUCCGGAAAACCUCUUUCCCUGCACACAGAAAACCCUCCCGAGGGAGGACUAUAUGCCCAUCCCAGUGAUCUGGAACCUUUCCCCAACUUUGCACCCCAGUGGUGAGCAGAGCCUCCCCAGGCCUGAACUGCCGUCUCCGUGGCCUUAUGAGCUCAGCCUCACUCUGACACACCUGCCAUCCUGUUAUCUCCCUGACACACCAGCCAGGGCCACCGAGGCGAGGCUGUGAAUGAAGGAGGGCGUUAACCCUCCCCCUCUUUGCCCUUGGUGCUCUGAUUUCCCUCCCCACACCCCUGGUUUUUCCCUGAGUUCUGUCCCACCUGCAUCCUGCCCUAGGCCCCCAUCACAGUGAGCAAACCUUGCCCCUCAUUCAAAACCCACCUUGUCUUAGGGCUGUGUGGACACUUGUGGGCCAUGAGGAGAAGCCCCUCCCGGAUAAGUGACUGGCAUUUCAGAAGUAGCCUCUGGUAAGCAAAGCCUUCAGUCAAAAGAGUAUCUGUUGGUAGGAAUUUCAAGGUGUGGAGUCAGGUGUUUGAGGGUAAGGAUUGUUUGGAAGUGCUUACCUAAGUUACACCAAUGGUAACCAACGUAUUCCUCUUUGCACAAAGCACUUGGAUCCCAGCAUCCGGUCUCUUGAGUGGCCUAGCCCCGUGGCUGGCACCGAUCCCCCCUCCCUCACUUUAGGCAUAGCUGGGGGCUGGUAUGCCUCCCCCAAGUUGAUGACCUCCCCGCAGACCUUCCCCACUCUCCCGCCCUUGUGAGAGCUGACCACCAGUCACCAUGAGCUCACUUCUCCUUUGUCUCUCCCUCUGCUCAUGGUCUUGCUAGCAGUCUUCUCAUCGAAGAGGACCAGAUCGUGUAUUUAUACCCCUGACCCAGACCCUUGAUUGCUCAUUGGUGUCAUUAAAGGGACCACGGCCAUCUGUCAUGUUGAUGUGUUUAAAAACAUCUCCAGGCCAGAUGAGUAGCUAAUGUUACCUUUUAUCAGCUGUUUCCCAGAGUUGCAAAAUAACAGGAAUUUUUAAUUGAAAGCUGGACUUCAGGUGUGAGAGUCAGGAAAGGUUAGGGUAAGGGAGUAGCGAAGGCACAGCGGAAAGGUCUCACAGAGAUUGGUCAAGAGGAAAGAGUACAGAGGGCUAUUUAACAACAGCAACGAGAAAAGCUCCUUAAUAAUCCCAAAGAGGAAAUGGUACCUUUUGCCAAAGAACGCUUACACUUGAGGACAUGGAAGAAUUUGCUUGUUUUUCUCCCUGGGCCAGAGAUCCUUGCCCUUAUCUGCAAAGCUCAGCGAACUCAUCCCUCCCCGCCCACCCCUCCUCCCCACACUGUCCUCAUCUGCUUCAGCAACGCGGUGGUGCCUGGAUGGGGAAAGAGCCUUUCCCUGGAUAAUUGGAGUUUGUUGUGAGAGCCAAAUAUAUCCCCCCGAAUCACAUGAUUUGGGGAUACAUGGGUCUUUUAUCCAGCCCAGCUCCCUGAAUUAGUUUUGCUUUUUUUUUAAUGUAUUUAUCAUUCCAUAUCAAGCCCUCUAUAUCAAAUGUUUGUCAUGAUUUUGUAUAGUUUUUAUAACUUUUAUUCAUUUUACUAGAUUCAUUCUAAAAGUUUCAAAUGGUCAAUUCUUAAACUGUGGAACCCACUGAAGGUGCUUAUUAACUGUUCCCCCAGAUUUAUACAAGUAUUGGAUGAUUCCUUAAGUUUACAGUUGUACAAGUAUCAGUAUAGAAAAUUAAACAAUUUUUUUUUUGUUAAAA